AAAUGUGUUAUACAAUGUACCAUUUUUGCUACUUCCUGCUGAAAAGCGAAUCAAUUAGGGCAGUGAAAUAUUAUUUACUUUUUACAGAACGCUAAAAUGAUAAAGAAAGUGUUAGUGGUAUUAUGUGGGAUUAUUCUGGGAUAUUGGAUAAUAGACGAUUUCGACCCAGGGACAGUGAAGGGAAAACGUGUAGUUGUGACAGGGGCUUCCACGGGUAUAGGAGAACAACUGGCCUAUCAUUAUGCAAGACUAGGGGCUAAUAUAUUUAUAACAGCCAGGCGGGAAAACAGGUUAAAAGAGGUACUUCAGAAGUGCCGAAAGUUGGGCACAGUAGAGCAGACCUAUGGUUAUGCCGUCGCAGAUAUGAUGGAGCUGGGUUCCAUUGAAAAUGUGAUAGAGAGCGCUGUUCAACAGCUGGGUGGUUUGGAUGUAUUAGUAUUGAACCAUAUCAUUUAUUUCCCUCUCGGUGUAUGGAAAGGUUCAAAAGAGAAUUUGACGUCGGUAAAUAAAGUGAUGACUGUAAAUUUUGAGUCCUACGUCCACCUAGCCUCGUACUCGCUGCCUCAUCUCGAAAAGAGCAACGGAAGUGUUAUCGUGUUAUCUUCGGUAGCAGGUAUCAUAGGUCAACCAUACAUUGCGUUAUACUCCUCCUCAAAGUUUGCACUAGAUGGAUUUUUCAGUUCACUUCGUCAAGAAUUGAGAUUACGUAACAAGGAUGUUUCUAUAACGAAUUGUAUUAUUGGACUAGUCGGUACAGUAAAGGGAAAACGUGUAAUUGUAACCGGGGCCUCCACGGGUAUAGGAGAACAGCUGGCCUAUCAUUAUGCAAGACUAGGGGCUAAUAUCGUUAUAACAGCCAGGCGGGAGAAUAGGUUAAAAGAGGUACUUCAGAAGUGCCGAGAGCUGGGCACAGUAGAGCAGACCUAUGGCUAUGUUGUCGCAGAUAUGAUGGAGCUGGGUUCCACUGAAAAUGUGAUAGAGAGCGCUGUUCUACAGCUGGGUGGUUUGGAUGUUUUAGUAUUGAACCAUAUCUUUUAUUUCCCUCUCGGUGUAUGGAAAGGUUCAAAAGACAAUUUGACCUCGGUAAAUAAAGUGAUGACUGUAAAUUUUGAGUCCUACGUCCACCUAGCCUCGUACUCGCUGCCUCAUCUCGAAAAGAGCAACGGAAGUGUUAUCGUGUUAUCUUCGAUAGCAGGUAUCAUAGGUCAACCAUAUAUGGCGUUAUACUGCUCCUGCAAGUUUGCACUAGAUGGAUUUUUCAGUUCACUUCGUCAAGAAUUGAGAUUACGUAACAAGGAUGUUUCUAUAACGAAUUGUAUUAUUGGACUAGUCGCUACAGAAAAUGCUCUCACUUAUUUCUCAAACCAGAAGUACCUGCUAAGUGUUAUAAAGGCAGAAUCUCCGAGCGACACUGCUUUAGCUAUUGUUAAACAAGGCGCGCUGCGUGUGCGUCAAAUGUAUUACCCGCCUUCGACCUAUUGGUAUUAUCUGUCCAGGGAUUGGUUUCCAGAACUGGUUGAUUGGUCAUUUCGAUAUUUGUAUUCUGAAACAUAAUUAUAUUUUACAUUCAAUUUUUUAUUUGGCCUAAUUUAUACAUUAUUUACACACAUUUCAAGAACAGCAGUGUAUGUGGGUAAUUGUAUAAAUGGCAAUUUAAAAAAUAACAAAAUACCACACAAUGUACAGAAUUUAUCAAAUGUGUUAGGGAGUGUACAGUUCAAGUAUGCAAGGUAACAAAGAAAGCAAUAUAUCCAUCCUAUAUAUUACAGGUAUCAACAUGGUAACUUGCAUUUUCGCUUUGAUCUUUUUUUAACGUUUUUCUUCUUUUUUUCCUUUUUUUGUCUCUCUAUAGUCUUAUAUGUAUACAGGAGUCGCGCUUACAUUUUGAUAUUGGAUAACACAACACAUCAUAACUCUACUAGUUGCUGAUAAUACUAUAUUUCAGAUUCGUUUAGCAUUUUCUUUUAUCAAAAGCGACAUUCAUCUAAUUGAUUAGAUGAAGGGAUGUCACACGAUUUUCAUACUAUUUGCUUUGGAUCGUGUUAGUGAGAUGGUUCUAUGUUAAUAUGUACAUGAUUGAUUGAGAUUUGGUUUGAAUAAAUAAGUUUUAAAACUACA